UUUUGAAAUAUAAAGCAGAGAUGGAAAUCGUGCCCGAGGGAAAAAACUUUCGAUUGGUUACAGAAGACGAGCUCCCAGCGAUUGCCGAUAUUUUAGUGCAGUAUAUGCCUGAAUCUCUAAAGUUUCAUCAGACGAUUCAAACAUAUCUAAACAACAAGGUGUGGGACUUCCAUUUUUAUGUAGCGAAGAAUUGGCCUGAAGAUCCGAUUUGUCUCCAUUUUCCAGGGUGUACCAGUACGCCAAACAGGCUCCCUUAUGAAAGCGUGACGGUGUUCUGCCCAUCUGAGCGCGCCAGCCUGGUCGACCUGGUGACCUCUGAAGACGUGUUGUUGGACCUCACGCAACCCUUGUACCUGAACUUCACCCAUGAGGCCAUCGUCAACCGGUUCGAGAAGCACUAUGAGGCGCAUGACAAGAUCACCGGUGAUGUGUACGUCUGUGAUAAUCCCCCGGAGGACGCUAGCACUGAUGGACUGCCACCGGACGUGGAGCUAGUGCGGCUGGAGCCCGAGCACAUGAAGGCGGUGUACGACCUGUACCCGGCGAGCGACAUCGAGUGCCGCGAGGUGUUCGAGAAGCUGGUGGCCGAGCUGCCGGCCUACGGCAUCUUCGUGGAGGGCCAGCUCGCCGCCUGGAUGGUCCAGUCCUACUACGGCGCCAUGUUCUCCAUGCAAACGCGCCCCGAGUUCCGCAGGAAAGGAUACGGGAUCUACCUCGCCCGGCGCCUCACCAAGGAAGUCGCCGCCCGCGGGUACAAACCCUUCGUCGUCAUUCGUCCCGAAAACGACGCGUCCCGUUCCCUCUACACGAAACUCGGCUUCGAGAGACGCUUCAGAACGGUGCGCGCCGUUUUGCGCCCUCGCUAACGCGUUGAAAGUUGAUCACUAGCAGAUUUUAUUUUUUUAAGACUUUUGAAAAAUCAAUCUAGCUUGCGAUCUUUGAUCGCUUAGUGAAUUUUAGUAGUAGCUUUAAGAUUAGCGGCUGCCGCUCUCGGUCUGCGGCUCGGUACUCCCGAAUGAACAGCAGUUUCUCGAUUUCCGUACCUUCAAAUCUGCUCUUAGCGUUUUCAAAACUUUUCCCCUCAUUCUUACGAUGACAACGAAGUUGAAAUUUCUAAAAUUGUAGCUACGCGUUCUUGUCUUUGCUUCCCGACAGAACCGAGAGCGCCGGCCGCACGCUGCGUUCUCCGGCGCCAGCCUAGUCACUGAUCUCAACGAUUCUAACGUGCCAAGAUCCGUUCCGAACCUGAUCAAUUUGGUUAUUCAACAACGUUACUAUGAUGCGCAAUAAAUUGCAUUUUCGAGCUCUACAAUGAUGUAGUUAACGCUAAAGAAUAGCACAUAUGCGAGCAAAAUGCGAAAAACAGGUAGUUAUAGAAAUUAAUGAAAUGUAGAGUCGACUACGCUGAAAUAAAAAAUCGUUAAUCCAUUCGUGACAAUAAGUGGUAUUAAUAUAUUGUUUGGAAACGUAUCGGACGGAACUGCUAUAGGUAUAUGAACAAAGUUAAUAAGGUUCCCCAAGCUCUUGGCAUCGUUAGCUCAUUUAGGCGAAUGCUUCAUUACCACUCGUUGAUCGAUCGGAAACUGUUCUGUCUCAUGGUUUAAAAAAUUUUGGGACCCGUUAUGACCUGUGUGAUAAAACGUUAGGUAAUGUGUACAUGUUGAAAGAUUACAUGUUAAGGUGUGAGUACAUGAGAAAGAAAGGUUGCCGUUACUGCACCCCAGUUUGCACAAUUCAAAAAAAAUUCAAGCACCGUAAUGUUAUCCUGACUCAGUAUGAUUACUAUCAAUACUGUUUUCUGAAAUUGUAUUUGUCAACAAUAUUAUUUCAAUGAUUAUGACAAUAGAACUGUAUUAUAAUUUUGAAUACAUAUACUUAACGUUUGUGUUGAAAAGGUGACUUUGGAAAAUUAACUUUUGUCUGUGCAAAGAGAAAAGUUCGAAACUGAAAACUGGCUUCAGUCUUUUGAAAAUACUCUCCUCUAUUUGUCUGUUUAAUUACAACUUUCAUGUAUAGCUAGUUUUCAGUUUCAACUUUUCAGGGUAGACUGGAUUUUUAUAUAAGUGAAACAUUGUUGGAAUAAAGUGAAAACAUUUAAAAUUUCAUACGAAAGUAGAUAGGUAGGUAUUUUAAUAUGGGAAUAUAUUUUACAACUCUUAUUGACUACUUAUAUAUUGAGGUUUGCUAUGCAUAUACCAUGCUUAGAUAUUAAUUUUUCAUUCAGUUUAAUGAAUUGUGUGAUAUGAUAUUGCUUUGGGUUCGUUAGUUUACCUUAGAUUUUGGAGUAACCCCAUAAAGACUGGUGUGUAGGAUAUACCAAAGAUUACUAGAAGAGAGGGUUUGAGAAUGACUAGAAAGUGAAAUUGAGUUUAUUAUACCGACGUUUUUGAGGUAAUAACUUGGAAAUAAAUUAUAUUUUACCACCCCAUUCAUUAAGUCGUGUAUUUUGACUAAGCUCUAGUUUACAUCCUAAUCUCUCAAUUGACUUCGAAUUUGAUACAAUGAUUGGUAUCAGCACCUAUUGUAAGUACUUAUUUAUUUAUUUAUCCCUCUUUGUACCUAAUAAUUAUUAAUAUUUCUUGUAUAAUUUAAUUUGAAUGUAGAGUAUUAAUUUAUUAUUUAAUGCUAAGUUAUAUUCGUUUCUCAGACGGACUAAGGUAAAAUUGGCAAAGUUAAUGUCAAAUUUUGCUCAAUACAGGGAGCUUCCACCGAUAUUUGAAAUAAAAUAAGACUCAUUUGAAACGAAAUUAUUGCCAAAUUGUUAACUAUCGGCGUAUAUCGUUAAAUGAAUUGUGCUUGUCCUUAGUCGCGAGAAAUAAAUGGACGAAAUCUAUCUCCUAGGAUAAUAAUCUUUAAAGAUAUUCUAUGCAUUGUUUUAUCAUCAUAAUAUAAAUAUCCCGAAAAAGCAGAUUGCAUUUACGUCCGUACAGUUCAUAAUUUUGUUGAAAAACUUUUUAAACAUUUUACUUUGGUACUUUACAGCCCUUCUGGGCUUUAAAUAAAAUAAUAACUUAAUACACAAACUACCUGUGGGUCGUAAUGAAAACAAGUCUCUAGAAAACAAGUGAAAUACGUUUUCCAUCAAAAUUAUGAGCUAUAUGGCCCGGUUUAAGACUGAUCGUAUAGCGUGAUCUGCUUAUUUGGAGCCAGUCAUUAACAUGCAAUCAUGCUACAAGCUUUCCUACUUCCUAAGUAGGUAAAUACCUACACGUCUAAUAAGUAGUUCGUGAUUUCUUGAAAUUAUUAAAUUGUAAGAGCAUUUUUCCGUACAUUUCCCUCGUAAAACAAAAGGACAGGUGUUCCGUCCUCGCAACUGCAGAGGAGACAGCAAUGUUUUAAUCUUCUGCGGCAAUAUAGAUGAAGGAUGUAGUGUCCAUUCUGUAUUGUUUAUCAGUUUAUCACCUACCUACCUUGCAAAGGUAUC